CCAAGCAGGGCCUCGGGCUGCUGUGUUUGCAGACUCCGAAGAAGACGUGAGGACGAAACAAGACUCCAUGUUAAAUAGCAGGAAAACACACUAAUGACUCUUUUCACUCCCUUCUCGUCCCAUUAAUGAGACCAAAAUGGGCAAGAGAGACAAUCGAGUGGCUUACGUUAAUCCUAUUGCUGCUGCACGAUCCAGGGGCCCGGUACAGAACUCUGGACCAACCAUCCAGGAUUAUUUAGGCAGACCUCGGCCAACAUGGGAAGAGUUAAAGGAGCAGCUGGAGAAGAAGAAGAAGGGCUCACGAGCCUUAGCUGACUUUGAGGACAAGAUGAACGAGAGAUGGAGGAAAGAGCUGGCGAAGAACCGCGAAAAGCUGAUGGGCGGGAGUGACAAGGACAAAGAAAAGGACAAAAAGGCAACAGAGAAAAAGAAGCGAGAGAAGAAGAAGUGCAGUAGGCAUUCUUCAUCUUCUUCCUCCUCCUCAUCGAGUUCUGAUUCCUCCAGCAGCUCCUCCUCAGAAUCCGAAGAUGAGGACGAAAAGAAGCCGGUGAAGAAAAAGCGUAAAAGGAAGAGGUCGUCGGCCAGGAGAGCUUCAGAUGACUCUGAAACAGAAUCGGAGCCAGGAAGAAAGAAGAAAAAGAAGAGAAUGAAGGAGGACGGUGAUAACGAGAAGGACGGCAAGAACCAUCGGAGGAAAACAAAAACCGAGCGCAAAGACUCCUCCUCCAAGUCUUCAGCAGAGUCGGCAGGAGAAGAAUUUGCGGAAGCCAAGAAGAAAAAGAGAAGUAGCGAGGAAAAGGAGAAAAUCCCAGACAAAUCCAGGAAGAAGAGGAAAAAGAAGCACAAGAAGCACAGCGGCAAAAAGAAGAGGAAGGCGGUGUCUCAGUCCAACUCUGAGGCGGACUAGCUGUGCAAUGUCGUUUUGUGGUUUUUUUGACACAUUUUGGACCCCAGGCACAGUAGGGUUAAAUCAGUGGCAACUCCUUGCUGAAUCAUGUGCAUAUCUUUUUUAGACUUUGGAGUGCAUGUGCCUCAGAUGUUCCUACUGACUGAACUGUCCCUUUUUGAGCAGUUUCACUUGGCUUCCUCCAGUAGCUGCUGCUGCUGCUGCUGCUUCCUUCUUCCGAGUCGCUCCGUAUGCUGAAACCUGGAUGUCACACCAGCCUCAUAUUGAAGUUGGACCUGUAAGAUAAAACACACCUCCGUUUGUCGUGGCACGGCACUGCAAUGUAAGAACCCUCGUCAAUAAACUCAUGUGUUAGCCGUCAGUGUAGUGACUAAGGGAUGACAUUCAUUUGUGUUUCUGCAGAGUAGAGCAGUUAAAGCAGGGGUGCCCAUUAGGUUGGUCUGGUAAAUGUUAAUUCUAGAUUACAAAACAUGCCCCUCACCUUUUAUAGUAGAAGGAUGUAGUCAAACUGAGAAGUAGGUCAUCGGUGACAUUCAACUCAGACGAGGAGAUGGCAAGAAAGACACAAAUAGACACUUUUUUGCAGCACCGGCUUUUUGAAAAAAAAAACCUUUAUGAGUAAUUCAUCCAAAUUAGAGGUGCCAAUUACGUCGAUCGCGAGCUACCGGUCGAUGGUAGAGGGUGUGUCAGUCGAUCACCAGUCAGGCAUUAAAAACAAAUAGACCUAAAAACGAGCGAUCAUCAAUCUUCACCAAGACGUCACUUGAUUGACAUUCACGGCACCUGAGGGUCUUGUUUUUGUAAACUUGUAAAGUGAGUAAGAAGGAGUAUGGAAGCUGGACAAACAAAAAGCAAGCACUUUCAUGUGGUAUUGGACAGAAAGGACAUUUUUUUCUCCUCCAUUUGAAAAUGUGGAUGUUAUCAUCAUUACUGUCUGAUUUCAAACAAUGCAAGUCAUCAGAAUCAGUUCAUACACCAACUUAUAUUAUUGUCUUCAUGAAAGAAAGGAAUGUUAAACAUGCUUGUAUUAUCAUUAAACACCUUUAACUUGUUAA